AUAUUUUCAUCUCAACCUCACAGCCCCCACCCUCUUACCUCUUUUCCUCCACCCUCGCAAACCCUAAUAGCAGCCGCCUCCACCCUCGCAGCAGUCUCCGGUCAUACUUCUUCAAGCCUCCACCCUUGCAGCAGUAGCCUCCAUCCUCGCUGGUCAUCUGGUGAAAAAAGAUAUUAAGAUGUAUCUUCAGUUUUACAUUAACGAGAAUGGUGACAAGGUGUACACCACCAAGAAGGAGUCACCAUUGAAAGUGCCUACUCAAUCAGCUCAUCCAGCUCGGUUCUCACCUGAUGACAAAUUCUCAAGGCAAAGAGUUCUUCUAAAGAAACGCUUCGGACUGUUGCCUACCCAGCAGCCGCCUCAGAAGUACUGAAUUGGUUCUGUGCUUUAUGCUGUAUUGUACUGAAGCAUAUCUAGUUGGAGCUUUCCUUCUCAAAUGCCAAACAAGUGUUCUAGUUUUAUGGCUAUGGAAUGUACUUUUUUCUUUUUGCUGAUGGACAGCACAAAUUGUUGUAGCUAGGAUUUGUGGGUUGAAUAUAAUGCAGCAAACCUCUUAAUGGAUUCCAUUUUGAUGGCA